AUCACUUCAAAAUGGCAGCCUCCGUGUUGCAACGCUGUUUUGGAGGUGUCAAAGUUAUCCAUAAACCUGGGAGUCACAGUUUUAUAGCCAGAAGAUGCCUACUUUCCGCAGCAUACACAGAUGCCACAAUAUGGGAGGCGAGAGAGAAAGAUCCUCAAAAUCUGGCGUCUUUGGCAUCCUUGAUGGACAAGACCUAUGAACGGAACUUCCCUGUGAGCUCCCUGACAAUAUCGCGGUUUGUUGACAACAUUUCGUCAAGAGAAGAGGUCGACCAGGCAGAGUAUUAUCUUUAUAAAUUUCGCCACAGCCCAAACUGCUGGUACCUCAGAGACUGGACAGUCCACAGCUGGGUCAGACAAUGUCUCCGAUAUGGAGCCAGGGACAAGGCCUUGCACACCCUCAAAAACCGGGUGCAAUUUGGAAUGUUCCCAGAUGAUUUCACGUUCAACCUGCUAAUAGAUUCCUUUAUAAAAGACAAAGACUUUAAAGGUGCCUGUUCGGUAGUGGAAGAGGUGAUGCUUCAAGAGUCCUUUGAUCUGCUCACAACACAGAUCCUGUCCCUGUAUGCACUGAGCAGUUACCUAGCAACCAAACCAGACUUGAAUGUGUCGGAAGAGAGGGCUUUGGGGGCGGCACUGCUGAUAGCUGGUCUGAAGCAGGACAACUCUGUAGGCCUCAGCGCUCAACUGCUGGGCUAUGCUCUACUCGGAAAGGUGGAGAUGUCAAAUGGGAUCCAUGCCGUGUUCAAGAGCAUGCCUCUGAUGUGGACCCCAGGGUACCUGGGCCGGGCCCUGUCUGUAAUGGAGAGAGCAGCUGCCGAUCCCGGAGAUAGCAAACUAUCGAAGGACGCUCUGGAUUACCUGGAGGGCCUGCUGCACAACCUGUCUUCUGCCUCCGACUCCGACUCCUCAGGAGAGGACGAGCCGGAAGAGGAGAAAAAAAAGGAAGUUGAUGAAGAUGACCUGGCAGAGAGAGAGAAACUACCGGUCUAUGCCGGCAAGUUUAAGGAGCUGAGCGGGCAGCUCCAGUCCAGGGGGAAGGUGGACCCUAGUCCCCUGAAGGUGCUGGUCUCCAGUCAUGUGCAGCAGAGCCUGGCCUCAGCCGAGGGCCCUGACAUGGAGCAGUACCAGAGGAAGGUGGAGGAGUGGGAGGCCGAGAGGCAACAGCUCAUCAGGAGGGAGAAGGAGAUGAAGAAGAAAGUUGAGGAGGAGAGACAGGCCCGCCAAGCAGCAAAGGAAGCGGCACAAGCCUGAUCAUCCAGCUGGAUUGAGCCCUUCCCACCUACAAAGCCACACGUACUGCUGGUGUUGUUCAUAAAGGCUAGGCAGUGUCUGUAGUGUCUUUUGUGAAACAUACACAAGUGUCAGUUGUUUUUGAAAGGUCCGUUGCGGGUAGCAAAAAAUGCUAUAUGUGGAUGUUUUCUGCUGAGAUCUUUUGUCUGUCUGUUGGAAUGUCAUUAGCCGUGGUGUUUAACAACGUAAACAACGUCAAUUCCAAUUUUUAUUUCCUGUAUUAAAUUACUGUGAUCUCCCACAAAUCAA